CGCUGGUCUCGCCAAUUUCGUAGUUUCACAUUGUCGAUCUUAUAAUCUUUAUUUUGUAAAUAGAUCACUACGUAAAAACGAGUUUCUUUACUCUGAAUCAAAAUGUGCUCAUAAUACCUUUAUUUUUUCAACAAAAAUGUCAACAAUUUUCUGGAUAUGUUAAUUAGAGUAAUUUGAAAUAUUCAUUUAAUAAUUGGUAUUAACAUAAACUAACUGCUCAAAUAAUACAAUUUGACAAUCAUUCAUAAAGGAUGGACCAUCUGAAAGUUAUCUCCGAAUACAUGACACAAUCAACUUCAGCGAAAUCACCAAACGAAUCCGAAUUCUUAGAUGUAGUCUUUAAUUCAACCUUUAGUAGUACAAUACGAAUAAUUGUGGACCAACAAACGAAUCACAUCAAUUCAUGCUUUAGUGUAGAAAUAACGGGAGGACAGUGGCUUUUUGGAUACGUUAUGUGUGAUGUAUGGAAUUCACUGGAUGUCUAUUUCUCGACAGCCUCUAUCCUUCAUUUAUGUUGCAUAAGUGUCGAUAGAUACUAUGCGAUUGUUCAACCAUUGGACUAUCCAUUGAUCAUGACAAAUACAAGAUUGGCUCUGAUGUUAACAGUUGUUUGGUGUAGUCCAGCAGUUCUUUCGUUUCUUCCAAUAUUUAUGGGAUGGUAUACAACUAACGAACAUUUGGAAUAUAGAAGAACAAAUCCCAUGCACUGUUCAUUCACUGUCAAUAAGGCAUAUUCGCUUAUCUCUUCUAGUAUAAGUUUCUGGUUUCCAGGAAUCGUUAUGAUUUUUAUGUAUUACAGGAUAUAUCAAGAGGCUGACAGACAAGAGAUGAUGUUGUAUAGGAGUAAAGUUGCAGCUGCUCUUCUGAAUAAACAUCUUCAAAUAAAUGGCAUAUCAACAAAUAUAACUUCACUUAGACAAUCAAUGGAAAUGAAUUUUCAAGAUAAUGAGAAAAAUGAGUCUGAUUUGGGUACAUCCAGUAAAAUGCGGAGGGAACGCAAAGCGGCCAGGACUUUGGGGAUUAUAGUUUCCGUUUUUAUGGCAUGCUGGCUACCCUUUUUUCUCUGGUACGUUAUAACUACAAUUUGCGGCGCUGAACAGUGCUAUAGCCCGCCCUGGAUAAUAACACUUAUGUUUUGGGUUGGGUAUUUCAAUUCAGCAUUGAAUCCUCUCAUUUACGCCUAUUUCAACAGAGAGUUUCGAGUUGCAUUCAAAAAAACUCUAUUAGGAUGCUGCAUCAAUAAUAAGUUGAUCUGCUGGCCCUGGUAUCGGCAUACAAACGAUCAACCGAUCAAUUACAGCAAUCAAUCCAGUGAAAUGCAAGUCAAUCAUCCAUUGAGAAUUGAUUCGAGAAAAGAAACAUUUUAUGGUGGAAGGUUCAGCUUCAACAUAUCUGAAGGAGAAAUAAUCAAUGUACAUCAAGAAGCGGGUGUUUGA